GCUGACGAAAAGACUUUUCACAAAGUGCACCUUUAAACAGUGCUAAUGGUCAGCUGUUGGAAGCAUCUCAGCAAAAAUACUUCUCUGGGACUUUAAAGAAAACGGCUACCCACCUGAUCCCCAAACAAUUUGGAGAAUCAGCUUCCGUGGCCCUAGUGGAGGUAAAGCGGGGCCCAUUGAGGAAAAAGUGGGGUCAGGAUCAACACAGGCUUGGUGUGACGUAGUGAAUGGAGACCCUUCUCCCUUUGAAUUUUUCUAAAUAAAGUCCUUUUGCCUUCCACGGGGGAUCACUUGUUCAGCCUCGAUGGCCUUUCAGGACCUCUUGGAUCAAGUUGGAGGCCUGGGAAGAUUCCAGAUCCUUCAGAUGGUUUUCCUUAGUCUCUCCAGCCUCAUAGUGUACCCUCAUAUUUCGUUGGAGAACUUCACAGCAGCCGUCCCUGGUCACCGCUGUUGGGUCCACAUCAUCGACAAUGACACUGUCUCUCCUAACGGCACUGGGAUCCUGAGCCAAGAGUCCCUCCUGAGAAUCUCCAUCCCGCUGGACUCAAACCUGAGGCCAGAGAAAUGUCGUCGCUUCAUCCAUCCCCAGUGGCAUCUCCUUCACCUGAACAGGACCUUCCCCAACACGAGUGAGUCGGACACAGAGCCCUGUGUGGACGGCUGGGUGUACGACCAAAGCUCCUUCCCCUCCACCAUUGUGACUAAGUGGGACCUGAUAUGUGAAUCGCAGUCACUGAAAUCAAUGGCCAAAUUCUUAUUCAUGGCUGGAAUGCUGGUGGGAGGCAUCAUAUUUGGUCAUUUAUCAGACAGGUUUGGGAGGAAGUUAAUUCUCAAGUGGUGUUUCCUCCAGCUGGCCGUUGCUGACACCUGCGCAGCCUUUGCGCCCACCUUUGUCAUUUACUGUGUGCUACGCUUCCUGGCUGGCUGCUCUACCAUGAGCAUCAUGACAAAUAAUAUUAUGCUGCUUGUAGAAUGGACAGUGCCCCGAUUCCAAGCCUUGGGAAUAACGGUGGCAGUCUGCACGCCUUGCGUAGGACAGAUGAUCCUGGGAGGACUGGCUUUUGCCAUUCGAGACUGGUACACCCUUCAGCUGGUGGUCUCUGCACCAUUAUUUGUCUCUUUUCUUUUCUCAAGGUGGCUGGUAGAGUCUGCUCGGUGGCUGGUUAUCACCAACAAAUUCGAGGAGGGCUUAAAGGCACUGAGAAAAGCUGCACGCAGGAACGGAAGGAAGAAUGUUGGAGAAGCCCUCACCGUGGAGGUUUUGAGAUCCACCAUGAAGGAGGAGCUGGAGAUAGCACAGGAAAAACCUUCCGUGCCUGACUUGUUCCGCACACCCAUCCUGCGCAGAAGGAUCUGUUUAUUGUCCUUCGUGAGAUUUGCAACCUACAUGCCCUUUUAUGGCCUGAUUCUCCACCUCCAGCACAUUGGGAACAAUGUUUUCCUGUUCCAGGUUCUCUUUGGCAUGGUCAACCUCCCCGCCAAUUACAUUGCCCUUUUGGCCCUGAAUCAUAUGGGCCGUCGAGUAAGCCAGAUGAUUUUCGGGUCCUUACUUGGAAUCUUCAUUCUAACCACCACGUUUCUGCCUGAAGAAAUGCAGACUCUGCGUGUUACUUUGUCAACUUUGGGAGUAGGAGUUUCUUCUGCAGCUCUCAUGAGUUCUUCUGCCCAUGGAAAUGAACUAAUCCCUACCAUAAUCAGGGCAACAGCGACAGGAAUCCUGGGAAUUGCUGCUAACUUUGGAGCAGCCCUGGCUCCCCUCUUGAUGAUCCUAACUGUGUAUUCUCCCCACCUGCCCUGGAUCAUGUACGGAGUCUUCCCCAUCCUCUCUGGACUUGCCGUUCUCCUCCUUCCUGAAACCAGGAAUCGGCCUCUGCCUGACUUCAUCCAGGAUGUGGAAGAGGAGAGAGAAGGUCUUAGAAAAACAAAGAAGGAAGAUACCUUCAUGAAAGUGACACAGUUUUAAGGAGUUCCAGUAAUGAACUGCUUAAUCAAGGAACAAGACAGAGGAAGGAAAGUCAAGAUCAUCCCCAGAUACUGGAAAGAUCUGUAAAAUAAAACAAAA